GCAUCUCUAUCGAAAGAAAUCAAGUUGUCAGUAGAAGAAACGUUAUGGGAUUAGUAGGCGUGGGGGCCGUCGUUGUGGCUCUAGCAGCGAUGUGGGUCAUAGAUAAAGAUGUGAGGGGGAAAGAGGGGAAGGCGACACUGUAUGAGCAUCGAGGGCAUGGAAUUGGGGGAACUGAUAAGGCCAUGACCUCGCACGACGUCAACGCAACCGUAUCCAUACCCAAGCCAGGUAAGGAGAGGGUUCUGGGGUCAUCUCCAGAUACAUUCCCCAAGUAAUUGACUGGGGAAUUGGGAAGGACGACAGUGCGGCGCCGACUCCUGGGGUACUAAAAUAGCUAUCUAUCGCGCUCACACAAAGUACUCAUCAUGAACGUAGUAAUGUCUACUAGUUCAAAUCGG